AUGAGUUACGCAUCAUUCGACAAUAAUGCCACCACGGGCAACAUUACCAAUGAGGCGGAUUUCCAGAAAACCGCCCAAAUCGUGGUGGCCAGCAUCCAGAAGAUCCUGCAAAAUGUUUCAUCUAUGCAACGUAUGGUCAACCAGUUCGGCACGGCACAGGAUUCGCCAGAGCUCAAACAACAGCUCCAUCAAAUACGAUCCUAUACACAGCAAUUGAUAAAUGACACGACGAAUCAGCUGAAUGAUCUGGUUAAUUGCAAGGAACGUCACUUGAAGAUCCAGCGUGACCGACUGGUGGAUGAAUUUUCGAGCGCCCUGAACGCUUUUCAGGCGGUACAGCGGAAGACGGUCGAUCUUGAGAAAAAUGCCAUCCGGCAGGCGAGGCAAGCGAGUGGGGCUGCAAUGGCCCUGAACAAACCGCCCGGUUCACAUCAUUCGAGCAUGGGCUCGAACUAUAACAACACGUCCAACAGUGGUGGUGGAUCGAUGUUUGAGGAUAACUUCAUUACCGGAUCCCGAGGACAGACGCAGGAACAGCUCCAGGAAGAGAUCGAUCUCCAGGCGCUGGAGGAUCAGGAACGAACCAUCCGUGAGCUGGAGGAGAAUAUUGUUAGUGUUAAUGAAAUUUACAAAAAGCUUGGCGCACUGGUGUACGAACAAAGCCACCAGGUGGAUUCGAUUGAAGCGUCGGUCGAGCAGACGAGUGUCUUCGUAUCGGAAGGUGUGCAGCAGCUUAAACAAGCCAGCCAUUAUCAGAAUAAAGCGCGCAAGAAGAAGCUGAUUCUUGCGCUGAUAGCAGCGGCAAUACUAGCGUUCAUAAUUCUCAUCAUUGUUCUAAAGCGCUAA